UGCCGAACGAUGUGGGGUAUCGUGUAUAGCUGUCUCCUUACCGUCUUUGCUUGCAUUUGGACGGCAGUGCACCCAAAUCCACCAAAGCAUCACUUUAGGGCCUUUUUGUAUGAUCGUGGCACCUGGUUCAAGGCGUGGUUUGAAUCACGCACUGGCUUGAUGUCGAUUUCGCUGGUUUCACUGGAGGCCAUUCUGGCACUCGCAUGGGGCGAUUUCUUGUUGUCUUGGAGGAUAUCCAAGAAAUGCAAGAUGUCACAAGGGUGGACCUUUGUGCAUUCACACUUUGUUGUCAUGGAUGGUUUCUUCGACCCAUCGAAAGGAGAAGCAGUGGGCCCGAAUCACUUGCAGCGGUACCCCGGCAUAAUUGAGGAGACAGGGAAUACUAGGAAGGCCGCAAUAACAAAAAAGCAAAUUCUCGACAGAAGCAAAGGCGAUGCGUUUUCCAAAUUUCUCAUUGUCCUUCAACUGCUAUGGUUUAUCACUCAAUAUCUCGGACGAUGGGCAGGCCAUUUGCAAAGAUCGCAACUCGAGACGAUGACGCUGGCGUAUGCGGCGUUAAGCCUCUUUGUCUAUGUGUUGUGGUGGCAUAAACCCGUUAACAUUCAA